AUGAAUAUUCAUCUGUUGUUGUAUCAGCAGGGUAUGAUCGUUCCUUACGUGCCUGGGACUGUAGAUCUCACAGCACUGAGCCAAUUCGGGUUUAGCUUUCUUUCCCUUUCCCUUUCCCUUUUCUACAUCUACAUCAUUGACACCUUUCUAGACAACGUUAUGUCUAUCUAUUUAACAAAAACUGAGAUUAUUGCUGGAAGUGUUGACGGAACUGUACGGACAUUUGACAUCCGGAAUGAUGGAACUGUAUCUCUCUAUCAAAUGAUGAAAGAGGGGCAUAACAGUCUUUUAGAUUAUGCUUGGAGUAGUGGAGAUCAAGUUGAUGUUUGGGUACAAGAUAGCUGGCAUGAAGCAAUUGUUAUGGACACAAAUAAGAUUGAUUUGACUUCUUUAACUGUCCAGUUUCCUGCUCAAUCAAAGGCAUCAAUUGUUAGGUCAUGGCAUGUGAGGCCAACUCUUGUCUGGAAGGAUGACAAGUAG